CCUUCGAAGAUCAACGUCUGAUAAGAGAGAGAGAGAGAGAGUGCUAGAGAGAGAGGCUUGGGAGGAGAGAAGGAGAAGAAGUUAGAGCACCAAAUCGCUGUCGCCUUCCGCCGUUUCGCUUCGUCUCCGGUGACCACAAAUUCGCGUAAUUUGCUUCUGGUUAUAAAAAAUGGAUGGAUCAAGUACCCGAGGUGGUGGGAAUGUUGAUAUGAUGUUACAAAAUUACAAGCUUGGGAAAACACUUGGUAUUGGAUCUUUUGGUAAAGUCAAAAUUGCAGAGCAUGCAUUGACCGGUCACAAAGUGGCUAUCAAGAUUCUUAACCGGCGCAAGAUCAAGAACAUGGAAAUGGAAGAAAAAGUGCGGAGGGAAAUUAAAAUAUUAAGACUGUUUAUGCACCCCCACAUUAUCCGACUAUAUGAGGUCAUAGAAACACCUACAGACAUUUUUGUUGUGAUGGAGUAUGUCAAGUCUGGAGAGCUUUUUGACUAUAUUGUGGAGAAAGGUAGGCUGCAGGAGGAUGAAGCUCGUAACUUUUUUCAGCAGAUAAUUUCUGGCGUGGAGUACUGCCACAGAAAUAUGGUGGUUCAUAGAGACCUUAAGCCUGAGAAUUUGCUUUUGGAUUCCAGAUGCAAUGUGAAGAUUGCUGAUUUUGGUCUGAGCAAUAUUAUGCGUGAUGGUCAUUUUCUGAAGACUAGUUGCGGAAGCCCAAACUAUGCCGCACCAGAGGUUAUAUCAGGGAAAUUGUAUGCUGGGCCCGAAGUAGAUGUCUGGAGCUGUGGUGUUAUAUUGUACGCCCUUCUUUGUGGCACCCUUCCCUUUGACGAUGAAAACAUCCCCAACUUAUUUAAGAAAAUAAAGGGUGGGAUAUACACUUUACCGAGUCAUUUAUCACAAGGUGCAAGAGACCUGAUCCCAAGAAUGCUUGUGGUUGAUCCAAUGAAGAGAAUGACCAUUCCUGAGAUUCGCCAGCAUCCAUGGUUCCAGGCUCAUCUUCCUCGUUAUUUAGCUGUGCCCCCACCAGACACUGUGCAGCAAGCAAAGAAGAUUGAUGAAGAUAUCCUUCAGGAGGUGGUUAAGAUGGUGGGAUUUGACAGGAACCAACUGAUUGAAUCUCUUCGCAACAGAGUACAAAAUGAGGGUACUGUUGCAUACUAUUUGCUAUUGGACAAUCGGUUCCGCGUCUCCAGUGGCUAUCUGGGGGCUGAAUUUCAGGAAACUAUGGAAGGGGGUUUCAAUCGAAUGCAUCCGAGUGAGCCUGCUUCUUCACCGGUGGGGCAUCGGCUUCAAGGUUAUAUGGAUUAUCAAGGGACGGCUCUGAGACCACAGUUUCCCGUCGAAAGAAAAUGGGCUCUUGGACUUCAGUCUCGAGCCCAUCCUCGUGAAAUAAUGACGGAAGUCUUAAAAGCUCUGCAAGAAUUGCGUGUGGGUUGGAAAAAGAUAGGGCAUUAUAACAUGAAGUGUAGGUGGGUUCCUGGACACCAUGACGAAAUGAUUAACAAUGCUGGGCACAGUAAUCACUACUUUGGGGAUAAUUCCUCCAUCAUCGAAACAGAUGGUAGUGUGAAACAACCCAAUGUGGUCAAGUUUGAAGUUCAGCUUUACAAGACUAGGGAAGAGAAGUAUCUGCUCGAUCUGCAGCGGGUCCAGGGACCACAGUUUCUGUUCUUGGAUCUUUGUGCCGCUUUCCUUGCGCAACUGCGGGUCCUAUGAUGUAGCGGAGACGAUUUCUUAGAUAGUGGAAACUACUGCUACCGAUGUGAAUAAUCAAAAAAAGAUAUUGCAGUGUAUAUAAUCUAUCCUUUGGUUUUGGGUCCUUUUCUUAUUGUUAUUACCGGUUUUAUAUGGUAAUAGUCGUUCGAACUUCGAACUGAUCUUUGACAAUAGUACUAGCUAAAUUACUCGGUCAAGGGUUAUGUCUGUUUGCUCUUGCCCCAAUAUUUUUCUGGGUUUUCUGAAACUGAAUUCCUGCUAUAUACAGAA